UAUCUGGCCGGGUAAAACUCGCUCUCCCAUCGUUUCCAACCGGCCACAGGGACCUUUACUUGUAUUUACACGAACGGUAAUAUAAUAUGCAUCCAGUCUUGUCUCCUUGCCUCUUCGCUCGCCGCCGCUCACCCCCGCUGCUGUGAUGGGGCGGAGCUGGACCUCGUUUGACGUAUAUAUAGAAGCACACGGGACGCUGCUGUAGGGAAGACGCUCGCGGACCUGGUUUUGCGUGGCCGGGGGCCGGCUAGGGAUCAUGACCGGAGCUAGAGCUAGAGUUGUGGGUAGGCUAGUGUGGAGAGACGUAGGCGGCACAAUUGGCUUAUUCAUAGUGCUUGUUCCUGGCAACGGCGGUUUGGGUAGCAACACCAGUUGUUUCGCUUGGUAGAGCUAGAAGUUAUGGAGAAGUAUGAGAACGUGGGUGUGCUGGGGGAAGGGUCAUAUGGCAUGGUAAUGAAAUGCAGGCACAAGGAAACUAAACAAGUAGUUGCAAUCAAAAAGUUUUUGGAGACAGAAGAUGACAAAGUGGUGAGGAAGAUUGCUCUCAGAGAAGUUAAAAUGCUAAAGCAUUAGAUGAAUUAGAGCGCUUCCCUAAUGGUGCUGAAGAAAGCUAUGUCAAGAAGAUUAUGUGGCAAGUUCUAAAGGGAGUGGAGUUCUGUCAUUUGCACAAUGUUAUCCAUCGUGAUGUUAAACCGGAAAAUAUCCUUAUAUCUAAGAGAGGCGUUGUUAAACUCUGUGACUUUGGAUUUGCGAGAACAAUUGUAAGAAAAGGAGAGGGGACAAGCAAAUUCAGAGGGAUGGUAUAUAACCACGGAGACAAGACAGGGAUGACCUAGUGAAUGUGAUGCAUUAGUACAAUGGAUGAUGGCCAACAUUGUUAUUGAGGAGCUCCUCCAGGUGAGGUUUAUACAGAUUACGUUGCUACACGAUGGUACAGAGCUCCAGAAUUGUUAGUAGGAGACACCUGUUAUGGAAGAGCAGUAGACGUGUGGGCUAUUGGAUGUAUGUUUUCCGAGAUGCUGACUGGGGAGCCUUUAUUUCCUGGAGAAUCUGAUAUUGACCAGCUUCAUCUAAUUAUGAAAUGCUUUGGAAACCUCAUAGGUCAUCACCGAGAAAUAUUCCGCCGAAAUCCUCUCUUUAUUGGUAUGAGAUUACCUGAAGCCAGAGAAGUGGAGAGUUUAGAUAGGAGGUAUCAUCAGUUGUCCCAUUCUUCCAUGGAUAUUGUGAAGUGGGCUCUACGACUUGAUCCAUCAGACCGUCCUUCUUGUUCACAACUUCUUCGACAUGAACUCUUUACUAGAAAUGGAUGGAUACCAAAAUUUACAGCAGAAUUAAGAGUGAACAUUGAGAAGGAGUUUGCUGAAAACCCACUGCUAAAUAAUCUUGGAAUAGCGAUAUAUGGCAGUGUACAUGAAGCAAAAUUGAGAGAGAUUGCAGAAAAAAAGGCACAUCAGGAAGUGGCACAAGUACACUCUGGGGUUAAAAGUACUCUUGAAAGUAAAGCGUUGGAUACAGAUAGCAGAGUUCGAAGGAAGGAAAAGAAGAAAAGGGCAAAGAAGGAUGUGUUUCUAACCAGAGACAAAGCUCCUAGGGGUCUACUGACAGAAGGCCAAGUUUCAACAAGUGUGUCCAAAAAACCAGCAUUAACGGAUGUUUCAACAAAGUUGCCCCCAACAGUGUCACAGACUAGCUUGACAGCAUCACAAGCACCUGUUCUCUCACCACUUCAUCCUACUUCUCUAAGACAACUUCCUCCUACCCCUGUUCUUUCAUCUCCACAUACCUUCGAAUCACUUCCACCCGUUUCUCAAAUCGGUUUGUUAAUUUUUUUCGUUAUUACAGCUCAGAUUACAUUGCUUGGUUUGAAUGUGGUUAAAUAGGUUAUUAAGUAUACUAUUGAACUUGAGACUACAUAACCACAUUUACUAAUUCAAAC